AACACAGUUCAUUCAAUUGUUUGACCUCCGGUGGAAUGUUCGCUAUUGCCCUUCUCUCAUUUUUAGUUGUCCUUAUCAAUGCACAUCCUCCAAUGCAUGCGGAAAUGCACUCAGCUGUUGUUACUCUAGCUAAUGAGAUAGAUACAAACUAUCUCACCUCGCCAGCAAAGAUAAAAAUCGUGGCGCCAUUGGAAAGCGCGCUGAUUCCUGGAGGAGAAACAUAUCAAUUGCGAUGUGAUAUAAUGUCCACUCCUGCUGCUACCAUUCAUUGGAAGUUCAAUGGAAAGUUGAUCCAGGGAAGUAAUGAAUUGAAUGUCGAAGAGAAGUUGCUGAACUUUGGAAAAGCAAUUGUUGACACUGGAAUUGUUGCCUCCAUACUCACCAUCCAGUGCCCAUCAGCUGAAAACUCAGGAACAUACAGUUGUGUCGGAUACAAUGGACAUCAAACAAUAGAAACGGUUGCCGAAGUCGAAAUUGAAGGAGAAGCUUCGGGGUGUAGAUCAAAUCACAAAUCCGCACCUGAAAUUGUUUUCUGGACUGAUUCUCGUUUUGAGAUGACUGGAAACGUGGCCACCCUUGUCUGCCGCGCAAAUCAGCAAGUCGACUGGGUAUGGAUGUCCAACGAUGAGCUUGUAAAGAACAAUGACAAGUUCACGGUUCUUUCAAAUGGAGAUCUCGUUAUCAAAAACAUUGUAUGGGACGAUAUGGGAACAUAUACUUGUAUAGCAAGAAACCAAUUUGGAGAAGCUCGCCAAGAAACAUUCCUUUACCCAACCGCGAAAAAAUCUUCUUUCUAAAUUUAUCACUUUUCACUCAUUUCAUAAUAAUUCCGCGUAUUUCCCAAAGACAUUAGAAAUGUCACAAAACAUUGUUUUCACGUUUUCCCUUCUUCCCAAAAAAUGCUCCAUUGUUCGAAUUCAACCGAUCUUUGAUUUACUAGUAUGUGUUCUCCCCGUGAAUCCUUUUUGAUAUCCUAUAAUUUCGUUAAUAUGAUUCUCAGAUUCUCAGACGAACAAUGAAUAUUCCUCCUUGUAAAAAU